UCCGAGGUGUUGCUUAAUCACUGACCGGUGUUUAACGGUCAUUAGUACUGGGCUGCAGGGGCUGACACAGCUCACCGAGGCCGAUCUGCUGUGGCACUAUACGGGAUAAACUUCUUAGCAAACACGCACGCACCACGCGAGCCGAAUCGACUACCACACACCGACCGUUUGUGACGUCCAUAAAAAGGGGACGCUCCGCAUAAAUGGUUCUCUAUAGAGCGAUUGGCCUGAUCCGGAUUGCUAGUCAGUCAAAACUUUUAACUCUACUCGCGCGCACCCGGCCCACCUUGCAGUUGAGUUGGGUCGGCUUGGUAACAUCUACCUGUCGAUGUGGGAUCCCUUCUCAUCUUUUUUUUCAACUCUCUUGUACGACGUUGAAGGGAAAAUAAAGCCGGAGAUUCUGUCCUCGUCGAUUGUUGGCACACUGAACGGAGGAUCCUCCUCGUCCAUCAGUAAAUGCUUUUAAUUACCCGUCCCUUGCUCUUCCCAUCACUGUAUCCAUUUGUUUAAUGUGGAGGGUCGUUAGCCAUCAAUUACCAGCCAUUUGACGUUGUUGAGGCAACUCUCAUCGUUUGGUGCAGCCUGGCAGAGACGCGGAGCUCGGAGUAUCAUCGGAUCGACUUUCUGAUCAUGACUGUUUAUCUGCGUUCCGUAAAUGUCACCAUCCCGCCACUUUCAAAACUGUAAUCACUUUGAUAUUGGAAUCACCAGUAGAGUAUCUGGAACCAGUUCGAUAUCCAAUUGUUACUGAGGUGAACUAAUUUUCAAGACUCGUUCACGAUGUUUCCUCAGUACCGGACUGACUUGUUGGCCAUGGGGUUAUCUUCCUCCAAGUUUCACCCCGUGCCUGUAGUGUCCGCAUCAGCAUUCUUUCCCCCGGUGGUGGCUAUUGGGACCUGGCAUCCCCACAAUUACCGGCCGAGGGCCAAGCGUCCCACGCCGUACUAUAUCGCAGAUAUUCUCGGUCUUUGGGAGCGUGAAGCGGCGGCGGCAGCGGCCGCGGAGGCCCAGAGGAAGCUAGGGUUGAUGAGCGGUGAGCAUGCCCGUGCCAUGACGCUGACUGACCCGCCUGCCGUGACGGGCGGCAAGACGUGCGGGAAACCUGCGUCGACUUCACCGGGCAGUUUGACCGUCGAGAUGGAGAAACGCACGGCCAUCAAACACGCCAAAGACGGUCAUCAACACCACCAUCACCAGAAAACUCACACCACAGACGUCGUGGAAAUUGUCACGGAUCACACUUCGGACAACCGCGACAGCGCCGAUAGCAACGAGGACGAUAGUUCGAGCGGGGCAGCGGACCGCAAGCGCAAGGGGGAUGGCGAGUCCCCGGACGGUAAGGAGAAGAAGAAGAAAGCACGGACCACGUUCAGCGGAAGACAGAUCUUCGAGUUAGAGAAACAGUUUGAGGCCAAGAAAUACCUGUCUGCUAGCGAGAGAGCUGAGCUGGCUACCCUGCUGAAUGUCACUGACACACAGGUGAAAAUCUGGUUCCAGAACAGACGUACCAAGUGGAAGAAGAUGGAAGGGAUUUCCAACGCGGAGGCUGCGGAGCACAAGAUCGGAGGACCGAAGCACAUCGACACCAUCCGGCAGAAACAGAGCAGUGAGGCGGCCACGGCUGCGGCGGGGAUACCGGAGAAAGCGUCUUCGCCUCCCACUAGGGUCGUGCCUGCAGCCGCUGCGGUUGAUGAUGAUGAUGAUGACGACGAUGAUGAUGAUAAUGAAGAUGGAGAAAGGGUUCAGGAAGAAAGAUGCGGAUCUCCUUGUCGUAGUCAUGAUGCUGAUGAUGAGAUGGAGGUUGAAGUCGUCCCCGUGGCUAUAACAGUAGUGGAUGAAAGCGAGACAGGGAUGGAGGAUAGGAAAGGGGAGUUUGUCAAGGAGGAGGAUCGGGUAUCAAGCCAGGAGGUAGGAGGACAGAGAAGAAGAUUAGACUGUGAGCGUGACUCAGUCCUAUCCCUCUCCCAUCACCAUCAUCCCUUAGCUAUCCAGACUCUUACAUCAGCAACAGAGACACCAUCACCACCGCAACCAUCACGCGAGACCGCCAUGGAAGAAUCUACGGAGGCCAAGAUAAGCCACAUCAUCCUGACAGACGAGGAGAAUGGAGAACGAGAGAACACAAUGUGGGACAACCACGCUAUAAAGAGCGAAACGAUUCAUGGUGACCACCUGCAUAAUUGUCACUGAAGUCUCCAAAUUAUUGUGGACAAAACACACACGAGGUUAAGACAGCUGACUGAUAAAGGGCGUAUAAAUAAAUGUAAAUACUUAACAAAUUAGGGUUUAAGAGAUACAUAUCUACUAUUUAUAAAUUGUGUAUAAAAAUCAAUGAGUGUGGACUAUUUUCAUGUUCUCGUUACAUGUUCAGCAUCAAGUGUUUGGAGUCUUAAUUCAAUACUGGCCACAAUAAGACUGAGGUCAUCGAGUGAAUGUCAAUAUGCACUGUACAUAACACAGUAAAUAAGGAAAUAAGACAAGGCAAGCCCAGUAAAGCUGGUCACAAAGCCCACAAUAUUUUAUUUAAUUGAUUCAGACUGGCUAUUCACUGGAAGCCUUUUAAUGCGUCUAUG